AGAUCUGGAAUAUUUAAGCUGGAGUGAUGACGAUGGAGAUCGAUAGACCACGGCAACGGCGUUUACAUGAUGAUCAUCGUAUGAGUGGGAAUUGGAGUUUUGGUAGCAAUUACCGUCCAUCUAGCCAGUCAAGAAAGAUGUCUAUAGGAAUUGUGGUUGAUUCAUCUGCUAAAAUGAAGAACACAAAUAGCAAGGGAGUUGUGGCUGAGUUGCGAAAUUCACAAAAUGUCUCAAUGUCAAAAAACAUUCCUGCAGAAACUGAACAUAAAAGGAAAGAAGCAGUGUCUCCAGAUUUGGAGAAACAGAACAAGGCUCCAUGCCAGGAAUCAACUCCACUGAUUCAAACAAAAACACCCAAUCAAAAUAUAUCGUAUGCAAACACAAAUGGUCAUCCAAAGAGCAAUGUGCAACAGCAACCUAGUGGUAGCAAGGGAAUUGUUGAAAUGGAGCCUGGUUCAUAUUUUGCAAAUCAGAUGUCUAUUCUUCAGUCCAGAGAUACUAACAUAAAGAAACCAAUGGAUAGAACUUACCAAAGAGAGGAAGGCAACAAUGGUGACAUGGGAAGGGAUGAAGAGUCAGUAUAUGCAACUCCACAGAAAGUACCCAUGUCAGGGAAAGGACCGGCAGAGCAGGGAACUAGUGGAAAAGAGAAUGGUGGAAGUGUAUCUUUAAGGCUGAAAAUUCAGGAAUUACUUGGAACAGUUCGUACACCUAAUAAGGAGGAACAACACAUCCCUGAGACUUCUCCUAUGGAUGCAAAUAUUGCAAAGCCGAAGAGCACAAACAGUAAAAAGGAUAGUCCCAUUUCCAUCCUUAGACAACAUUUGAAUACAAGUAAAACCAUCUCUGGAAGUCUGGACCAAAAGGUCAAGAGACCAGUAACUCGAUCUUCGACCCGCAAGAAGCCUCAAGCUCAAAAAUCUGUGCCAAAAAAAAAAUCUCCAUUAAGUUCAUAUAAGCAAGCUAACUUAGAUGAGAAUGCGUUCGCUUUUGUGGAGACUUGGUCCAGGAGACUAAGCACAGAUGUUAACCAUGGUUCUAAAACGUUUAAGAGAAAGGAAAGAGAGACAUUUGGAACCAGUCCAGUGAAGACAUGUGUUGUGGAAGAUGUUCAUAAAGAUGAGUACCGGCAACCAACUGCUAAGAGAAAAACAAAAGAUACUGCCUCACAUGUAUCAUUGUAUAAGAACAGAGCCCAAGUCAAAGAGACAGUUAAGCCAAAUACUGAAAUGAAAGAAACAGCUCGACACCAAUUUGAGGGUAAGAAGGGUACAUCGCUACCAAAUGUUGAUCAGGAUCCUUUUGCCAAAGAUACAGUAACAAAAAAUGUAGAGCCACAUUAUGAUCUGAAGAGCCCAACAUUUGAGUUGAAAACACCUGGUGAGAUGUCUCCCCCUAAAUCUGUGUUUCAAACUAACCAGGAAGACCUUGAUGUUGAUAGCCUGUCCGAGGAGUCCUUUAAAACCAAAAGAAGUUGUCGCUCUCAAAGCAAAGGUUUUUCAAAGGGUGGCAAGUACAGGUCCAAAACAAAGGAUCUGGACAUGGAUUCUCAAGACUCUCCUGUCAUAGAGUCAGAUCCGAUAGCGACAAGGGCCUACAAAGAAAAUAGACGUUCUAGUUUUCCAAGUGAAGUGUUAGAGUCUGAGAGCCAAGAAGAUGUUUCACCCAUCAGUGUGCCAAUUAAAUUGAAGAAUCCUGAAGGAAAGAAAUGGGCUGUAUCACCAUGUGAAGAUGAAGACUCUCAGAAGUCUGAGGAUGAUUCACCCAUCAAAAGGGCUGGAGAUACUGCCAAAUUCAGCGACUCCUCAGUACAGGAUGGGCUUGCAGGUGCUGUCAAACUGUUUGCCUUGGCCCUAGAAAGAGUUCAAAGCAAAAUACAAUCAACCACUAGUAGACAAUCUGCUGCCAUAUUGUUGUCUGUCUCCAAGAACAUGCAUUCUCAGUUGCAAAAUGCUGAAUCCAAGAUCCAAAACGAAGUGGGAAAGCUAACAGAUCUUGGUAAAUCCAACAGAAUGCAUACUGAAAACCAAUACAAAGAGCAACAGGAGCAGCUGAAGCAAAUAUUUGAAAAAUUUAAAGAAGAAGUGGACCAGCACCUUAGCAAGUGCCAAACCACACUUGAAGGCCUAGAAGCACAUCAGGUCCAAGUCAGAGGAAUGGUAGAGAAACAAAGGCUGUCACACAAAAAGUUUAUUCAGCAAACCGAACAAGCAAUAGAGACUCAGCUAAAUGAUGCUCAGAAAAAAAUUGCUGAUGUUCACAGGAUGGCAAAGGAGAAAAUGCUUAAACUUAAAUACGGAAUAGCUGGAUGUCUUAAAGAAGGAUUACUCAGUUGAAAUGCUCUUAUCCGUUUACCAAAGCACUAGCAUAUAUAUAUUGCGUUUAGGUUGUGUGUAGUUUAACAUACUGCAAAUAUCCCUAUUCCACAGAUAGUUUAGCAAUACAAUAAGUCACCAGAUCCCACUCUUUCUUAGGUUCGUGAUACUUUACUACUGCAUUACCCAGCAAUCUAUUUGGGAGACUCGCCCUAUCUUGCUGGAGGCAGAUUUCGGGGAAAAAAAAGGUGUUUACUCUUUUUCCUAUAGAUUAAUAGUAGCUUUUGAUAUCCGAUUAUGUAGUUUUUGUUUUUAUUAAAGUAUGAGUUAUGAAAUGAACGACAUUUAUGAAUGUUUAA